AUGCUGAGGUCAACGUUAUCGAGAUCCGCUCUACGAAGCAGUAGACAAAGUUUAUAUGUUGCAAGAACAUUCGCGACUACAAAUAGAAGACAGGCAGAGGUUACUCUCACUGUUGAUGGCAAACAAGUUUCUAUAGAAGCUGGUUCUGCUUUAAUUCAAGCAUGCGAGAAGGCAGGAGUCACAAUCCCAAGAUAUUGCUAUCAUGAAAAACUUAUGAUUGCUGGAAAUUGUCGUAUGUGUCUAGUUGAAGUCGAGAAAGCACCAAAACCAGUUGCAUCAUGCGCAUGGCCAGUACAGCCCGGUAUGGUCGUCAAGACCAGUUCACCCCUCACACACAAAGCCCGAGAAGGAGUUAUGGAAUUUUUAUUGGCCAACCACCCGCUAGAUUGUCCUAUUUGUGACCAAGGAGGAGAGUGUGAUUUGCAAGAUCAAUCUAUGAGAUAUGGAGCUGAUCGUGGACGCUUCCACGAAGUUGGUGGCAAGCGUGCCUCUGAGGAUAAAAAUAUUGGACCCCUCAUCAAGACUUCGAUGAACAGAUGUAUUCAAUGUACAAGAUGUAUUCGAUUCGCAAACGAUAUUGCUGGUGCACCGGAACUCGGAUCGACUGGACGUGGAAACGAUUUACAAAUUGGAACAUACCUCGAGAAGAACCUGGAUUCCGAAAUGUCUGGAAACAUUAUAGAUUUAUGCCCUGUUGGAGCUCUUACAUCAAAACCAUACGCUUUCAGAGCUAGACCUUGGGAAUUGAAGCACUCCGAAUCUAUUGAUGUAUUGGAUGGUUUAGGAUCAAACAUUCGAGUCGACUCGAGAGGUCUCGAGGUUAUGCGAAUUCUCCCUAGAUUGAACGACGAUGUCAACGAGGAAUGGAUUAACGAUAAGACACGAUUUGCCUGUGAUGGAUUGAAAACUCAAAGACUUACUACCCCAUUAAUUAAGAAGGAUGGAAAAUUCCUUCCAGUCAGUUGGGAGCAAGCUUUGGUUGAGAUUGGUGCAGCAUACAAAGAUUUUGCUCCAAAGGGUAACGAAUUCAAGGUUAUUGCUGGAGAAUUGAUUGAGACUGAAUCUAUGGUUGCAAUGAAGGAUCUUGCCAACAAGCUUGGCUCUGAGAACUUGGCUCUUGAUCAGCCAUCUGGAAACGCCCCAAUGCCACACGGAAUCGACGUUCGAUCGAAUUACUUGUUCAACUCUAAGAUUUGGGGUGUAGAGGAAGCCGAUGCUAUUUUGAUCGUUGGAAGCAACACUAGACACGAAGCUGCUGGUCUUAAUGCUCGUAUCCGCAAACAAUGGUUACGUUCUGACCUUGAGAUUGGUGUCGUCGGUGAACCAUGGGAAUCAACUUUCGAAUUUGAGCAUCUCGGCACUGACGCUGCCGCCUUGAAGGAGACCCUCGCUGGACCUUUCGGUAAAAAGCUGGCAGAGGCCAAGAGACCAAUGAUUAUCGUUGGUUCAGGUGUCACUGACCACGCUGAUGCCAAGGCCAUGUACGAGACGGUUGGUACCUUCGUUGAGAAGCACGCCUCCAACUUCUUGACAGAGGAGUGGAAUGGAUACAACGUUCUUCAACGUGCUGCCUCAAGAGCUGGUGCUUUUGAAGUUGGCUUCACCACACCUUCCCAAGCUGUUGCUGAGACAAAGCCUAAAUUCGUUUGGUUACUCGGUGCUGAUGAAUUCAAUGCUGCUGAUAUCCCUAAGAACGCCUUUGUUGUCUACCAAGGUCAUCACGGUGAUCGUGGGGCUCAAAUUGCCGAUGUCGUUCUUCCAGGUGCCGCAUAUACCGAGAAGGCCGGAACAUACGUCAACACCGAAGGACGUGUACAAAUGACCCGUGCCGCUACUUCAUUACCUGGUGCCGCAAGAACUGAUUGGAAGAUUAUCCGAGCAGUCAGUGAAUUCUUGGGUGCUCCAUUACCAUACGAUGAUGUCGCUGCUCUGCGUGAUCGUAUGGUGGAGAUCAGUCCUUCAUUAGCUAGCUAUGAUGUCGUUGAACCAGUUGCUCUGAGACAAUUGAGCAAGGUUCAAUUGGUAGAUCAGAACAAGGGUAGCAAGCCAACAGGUGCGCCUUUGAAGAAGGUUAUUGAUAACUUUUAUUUUACAGAUGUCAUUUCAAGAAGUUCCCCAACAAUGGCGAGAUGUUCAGCAGCAAAGGAGACAGGAAACCCAGAAACUAAUUUCCUGGCCCCGGGCUACUCAAGCGAGAAUCCUCGUGGAAGAGUCGCUUAUGGUCCUUGA